CACCCCUAGGGCCUGAAGAGGCGGGGCCAUAAGUGCUUUAUGAAUAUGCAACAACUUGGGGCGUUGACUGUGGGCCUUGUGGGGCCCUCAUGGGGCGUGGCCAGGCGCGUCUCCUGAAUAAUGUAGUGCGCUGCCUGGCGGUGUGGCGGCGACUGUUGGUUUGGCCGGACUCGGGGGGCGUGGCCAGCCGCGUCUCAUGAAUAAUUCAGCGCGUCAGCGGGCGGCGGGGCGGGGCGUGGCCGGCGCGGCGGCGCUGGAGCCGGGAAGGGGGCGCGGGGGAGAGAUGGUCGCAAGAUGGCGGCGCUGAAGGAAGAUAGGAGCUACGGGCUGUCGUGCGGGCGGGUUAGCGACGGCAGCAAGGUGUCGGUGUUCCACGUGAAGCUCACCGACAGUGCCCUGAGGGCCUUCGAGAGCUACCGCGCCAGACAGAAUUCUCUUUCACUGAGGCCGUCUAUCCGAUUUCAAGGAAGCCAAGGGCACAUCUCCAUCCCCCAGCCUGACUGCCCCGCAGAGGCGCGGACGUUUUCCUUCUACCUCUCCAACAUCGGCCGCGACAACCCCCAGGGCAGCUUCGACUGCAUCCAGCAGUAUGUCUCCAGUCAUGGGGAAGUUCACCUGGACUGCCUGGGCAGCAUACAGGACAAGAUCACAGUGUGUGCCACCGACGACUCCUACCAGAAGGCGCGGCAGAGCAUGGCCCAGGCAGAGGAGGAGACACGGAGCCGAAGUGCCAUUGUCAUCAAGGCUGGAGGCCGCUACCUGGGCAAGAAGGUUCAGUUUCGGAAACCAGCCCCAGGUGCAACAGACGCGGUGCCCUCCCGGAAGCGGGCAACCCCCAUCAACUUGGCGAGUGCCAUCAGGAAGAGUGGUGCCAGUGCCGUGAGUGGGGGCAGCGGGGUGUCCCAGAGGCCCUUCCGUGACCGAGUGCUGCACCUCCUGGCACUACGGCCCUACCGCAAGGCCGAGCUGCUGCUGCGACUGCAGAAGGACGGCCUGACGCAGGCGGACAAGGACGCGCUAGAUGGCCUCCUCCAGCAGGUGGCCAACAUGAGUGCUAAGGACGGCACGUGUACCCUGCAGGACUGCAUGUACAAGGACGUGCAGAAGGACUGGCCCGGCUACUCGGAGGGGGACCAGCAGCUGCUGAAGCGGGUGCUCGUCCGGAAGCUCUGCCAGCCACAGAGCACUGGCAGCCUCCUUGGAGACCCUGCUGCCUCCAGCCCCCCAGGCGAGCGUGGGCGCUCGGCCUCGCCCCCACAGAAACGGCUGCAGCCUCCUGAUUUCAUCGACCCCCUAGCCAACAAGAAACCCCGGAUAUCGCACUUCACUCAGAGAGCUCAGCCUGCCGUCAAUGGGAAGCUGGGCGUGCCCAAUGGCCGUGAGGCCUUGCUGCCCACCCCGGGCCCACCAGCCAGCACGGACACCCUCAGCUCCAGCACUCACCUGCCCCCGCGGCUGGAGCCCCCGAGGGCCCACGACCCCCUGGCCGAUGUCAGCAAUGACCUGGGCCACAGCGGCCAAGACUGUGAGCACGGAGAGGCGGCUGCCCCAGCCCCCACUGUGCGCCUCGGCCUGCCCCUGCUGACGGACUGUGCCCAGCCCAGCAGGCCACACGGCAGCCCCUCGCGCAGCAAGCCCAAGAAGAAGUCCAAGAAGCACAAAGACAAGGAGAGGGCAGCUGAGGACAAGCCCCGGGCCCAGCUUACAGACUGUGCACCUGCCACCCAUGCCACCCCCGGAGCCCCAGCAGACACCCCAGGUUUAAACGGAACCUGCAGCGUUUCCAGUGUUCCCACGUCCACGUCGGAGACGCCUGACUACUUGCUGAAGUACGCAGCCAUCUCCUCUUCGGAGCAGCGCCAGAGCUACAAGAACGACUUCAAUGCCGAGUACAGCGAGUACCGCGACCUGCACGCCCGCAUUGAGCGCAUCACGCGGCGGUUCACCCAGCUCGACGCCCAGCUCCGGCAGCUCUCCCAGGGCUCCGAGGAGUACGAGACUACUCGAGGGCAGAUUUUGCAGGAAUAUCGAAAAAUCAAAAAGACCAACACCAACUACAGCCAGGAGAAGCACCGCUGCGAGUACCUGCACAGCAAGCUGGCCCACAUCAAGAGGCUCAUCGCCGAGUACGACCAGCGGCAGCUGCAGGCUUGGCCCUAGCCGCCCUCCCCGAUGGCGGGGAUCUGGGAGGGUCGGGGGAGCAAAAGGCGGUGAGAGAGGAUUUAUUUAAAAAAAUAAACCCGAGGAAGAUGCUCAUCUGAGCCAGCACCGCCGGCUUUCAGGGCAGCCCCUGCAGACGUCUCGCCCUGGCGGGUGGCUGCAAGCCCACCUCGGCCCUCCCUGCGCUUCCUGAGCAGUCCCUGCCUAUGAUGGGCUCCCCAGGAAGCCCACUGCCUCCUCCCUGGCUGCAGCCCCCGGGGUUCAGCCUCCUGUCUCGCCAGAAGACUCCUAGGCCCUUGGGGUGGCGCGCCUGCCUUUUCUAGUUUUAUACAAAGACAGCCACUUUUAGCUACUGCUAAUGAGACUUGAGUCUAUUUUUGUACAAAAGAGAAGCAAAAUCUUUUUUCUAAACCUGUGCCUCCCUCUCCUCGGACACCCAGGGUCUAGCCGCUGCCCUGGGUCCUGCCUGCAGUAUUACAAAGGCCGUCGAAAGGUGCAGCUGCGUUCUGAGGGCAUGGGGAAUGGGCAGGUGGCCUCUGCUGGUCUCUGGCUCUACGUUUAGGCACCCCCGUCCCCAGCCUCUCCUCCUCGGGCAGGGUCUCUGCUCCAGCAAGCAAACAGGGUGGCCCAGGUGGCUAUUUUGAGAACUCCAGCUGGUGCCCCCAGACAGCUGCUCAGAGCCAAGGGGGCAGAGGGCUUUCAGCGCCCCCAGGCCUGCCCUGCUAUUUCAGGCCCUCAGCUGUCGGGGGCCACUGUGUUUCUGUGCUCCAAGUUGAGACUCGGCCGCAGCGGCGUCAGACUUUUCUUUGCAAUGUCCUCGGUUUCCCAUUUGCUGCUGCUGCUGCUCAUUCCACACUGUUGAGACCUUGUGGUCUCGAUGCUGCUGGCCUCCUUCCGUCCCUCGGUCCACUUGUGGGUCCUGGGGUCGUCUUAGCAGAGCCACCGCCAAGGUUUGCACUCAGGGAGGGGCUGAUGGAGGGCUGGGCGCCAUGGGGUCAGGGAGGCCCCAGGGACCCAUGGGCAGAGCUGGGGAGCCAGGAGGAUGGGUCUGCCUGCUCUGGGGGUGCAGGCUCUGCAGACACCCCAAUUGCUGCUUUGUUGCUGUGCCUAGUCUAGUGUCCCCCAAAGCAUCGGGGGGCCACGCAAGUGUGCGUGUGUGAGUGUGCGUAUGUGGGGACCCCCCAGGGCAUGGUGGGGUCUGAGGCGUGUGUUCCCAUUUAGGGCUGAAUGAAGCCAUGACUUGGGAAGGUGGUGGGGGGUGGGUGGCGGCUGUGACUCAGGGCCCAGGGAUCACAUGGGGGUCACUGCUGCCAUCAGCAGUCAGGCAGGGAGAACAGAAAUGCAAAAAUACAGAUGUGUCUAUUUUUCUAAACUGGGGGGUGGAGGGGUGCCUCCUGACAGCUUCCAAAGAGCUGACUGUGGAGGGCCCACAGUGUAUCCCACCCCUGCCCGAGAGUCUCUCUCCUUUGGGACCCCCGGGUUCCCAGAGCUCCGAGGAAACUGAUCCUUCAUGUUUCAAUAGCUGUUGUUGUUUUUCUCUUUGGGCCGGGCCGGGCCGGGCCGGGCCGGGCCGGGGAAGGGCCGAGCAGGCUCCAGGAGGCCUCCAGAGUCAGCUGGACCUUGCUGUGUCGCCCGCAGGCAGCCCUGCAGACACCGGUGAGGUGGGAUGAUUUCAGGAGGUCCCAGCCCGGGACUGCCCGCCCCUCUGCCCUGGGAACCAGUCCAAGGGGCUGUCAGUUGAAUUUGCCUUUUUGUUGUUGUUGUUGUUUUUGUUGUUUAUUUGUUCUCCUUUUAAGGAAUUAUGAAGCUAAGAAAAGUUUUGUGUUUUGGGGGUUGGUGGACAAAGUUCUAGCUGAUUAAAUAUGGUCUAACUUAUUGAUACUAUUUUUUUUCUUUUAAUGUUGUACUGUGGAGAAAAACUAUUUUGAGCCAUGGGGUUGGUGUUUACAAGAACUUUCCACUUUUGCCAAAAUGUUACAAUUGAAAGGCAUCUGCGUCUUCAGUUUCCUAAUAUUUUCUUAAAAGAUCUAGUGUCCUUUUUGUACACUAAACAGGUGAAUGCUGACUUUUUUCAUUCUCCAAUAAAUUUCACUGAACUGAA